AUGUGGUGCCGCUCGUGGCGGUCGGCUGGAUUGGCAAUGGGCCUGGUGGCCCGGUUGGCCCUUCAAGAGAAUGGAGGAAACCUCACAACAUUUGGAUCUGUGUCAAAGGUUGGAGUCUACCGGCCUUUGCAAGCUUUCACGGUGCGCCGCUUCAAGAGUAUUGCAAGCGCAGAGGCCAUGGACCUGCUGAAGUCCGGGUGGAAAUACCUGGAUGUUCGCCGUGCAGAGGAGGGCGAGGCCUAUGGAGUCCCUUGCGUUCCAAGCGGAAGCAGCUACCAUUUGGUGACCUCCCAUGUCCUGGGGCCGAGAGGAAUGGUCUUUGACAGCGAGGCAUGGCUCGAAGAUGUGCAACAGAAGAUACCCGACAAGGAAGCCAAGAUUGUGAUUGGCUGUGCAGCUGGUGUUAGAUCAAAGGCUGCCGCUCGGGUUUUGGAAGCGGCUGGAUACCUGAACGUCCAGGAGCUUGAUGAUGGCUUCAACGGCUGGGCAGCGCGCAAUAGAUCAUGCCGUUCAGGGUUGCAUGCUACAAAGCCUUUGACAGAGGACUUGAAACUUCUCGAUGCUGAGCCAUUCCACUUCUGA